GUCAUAAAACCCAAAGAAGAAGAAGAAGAAAACGACAGUGCUGUCGCAGUCAAUACACUAGUGUCGUUUUGAGUUUUGUUUUGAAACCUUUGAUUUAGUUUCAUGUGUAAAUAUUGACAUGGCUCAGAAAGCUUGUUCGAGGCUUGCUGCAGCUAUUCCAUGGCUUUUGGCAAACCGAAAUGUCAUUCCAGCCUCACGAAGAGCGCUGUCAAACACAUUCGGUACUCACUCCCGAUGUGCAUCAUAUAUCCAUGCCACCCACAAAGUGUACGUGUUACGUAGUUUCAGCUCAUCCCCAUUGCCAGAAACUGAUGUCUCUUACGAACAAUUAAAGAAACUACUCGCUACCCGAACAAGUGUGGUAAUAGAUGUCCGGGAGCCGUGGGAACUCCGAGAGUACGGAAACAUCCCGGGGUCAAUCAACGUACCUCUGGGACAAGUGAACCUUGCCCUCCAGCUGAACCCUGAGGAGUUCAAGGAGAAGUAUGGUGGAGACAUGCCCCAGCCGACAGACCACAUUGUCUUUUCCUGCCUGGCUGGGAUCAGGAGCCAAAAAGCCCUAGACCAAGCCGUCUCUCUAGGAUAUAAAGAUGCACAACACUAUGCAGGUGGAUGGCAAGAUUGGGCAAAAUGUGAACAGGAAAGCUGAUUGUCUGGGAGGCUCAAGAAUUGUGCCAUUCUUGAAAGUCAUUUUGCUUUAUCAUACCAGAAGUUUUAAUGUUUUAUUUAAUCAAUCAAGAUUGAGCUGACAUUUCAGAUUAUUAUGGAAGGUAAUCCAUAAAUAGCCAAUUUUGCUUUAUAUCAUUAAAGAGGGAAUGUACACAGCAAAUUGACCACUGUUACCUGUUGAUUCAAGAGUGAAAUUGACAGUGGUUUAAAAUAAACCCAUUGUUGGGUGUUAAUAACCAGUUUCAAGUGUGAUUGUGUCCGUUUCUCUGUGGAACAUAAACAUUACCAUCAAAUUCACACCCGUCAUUAUCUUAUUUCCCAGCAUGCUCUACUGCAGCAAAAAAAUAGGAUUGUUUAAUAGUGUUUUUGCCUGUACAUUGAUUCAUUUCAAUAUCUUAUGCUACAUAAAGAUAAAUAAACAAAUUCAAUCAGUUA